AUGGGUAUUUUUGUACUGGACCUGCCCUACGCCCUGGUGCAUUCUGGGUACACAGGGCUUUUGCUUCUGGUGCUGUCGGCCUGGGUGUGUAACUACACGGGGAGGAUCCUGGUGUCCUGCUUGUAUGAGGAGGGACACAGUGGAGGCCCACGGGUCAGAGUUCGCCACAGUUAUCAGGACAUCGCAGAAACCUGCUGCCGAAGCCUGUGUCCUCGCUGUCCUGCGCUGGGGGGAGCUCUGGUCAAUGUGGCUCAGCUGUUGGAGUUGCUGAUGACCUGCACCUUGUACGUGGUGGUGUCCAUGUCCCUGCUGAGCGACAGUCUGUGGGGGGCUGUUCCCAGGCUGGGCUGCUCUGUGCUCAGCCUGCUACUCCUGAUGCCCUGCCUUCUGCUCCCGGACCUCCGACCUGUGUCCACUCUAAGCCUGCUCUGCUCCCUGGCCCACGUACUCAUCAGCUUUCUGGUGAUGCUAUACUGCCUCAGCCAGGCCCGCUCCUGGCUCUGGUCAUCUCUGUCCGAGCCCGUAGACCCGGAGGAAUUCCUGGUUUCUGUGGGGGUGAUCAUCUUCUCCUACACGUCCCAGAUCUUCCUCCCGUCACUAGAGGGCAGUAUGGAGGACAGGGGCCAGUUCAACGCAAUGUUGGACUGGACCCACGGAGCUGCAUGUGUCAUGAAGACUCUGUUUGCUCUGCUGUGCUCUUUGACCUGGGGUCGUGACACGCGUGAGGUCAUCACAGACAACCUAAGCCCCGCCCUCCGACCUCUGGUCAACACGUGUCUGUUGGUCAAGACUCUGCUCUCCUACCCCCUCCCCUUCUACUCUGCAGCCGAGAUCCUGCAGACAUGGAUCCUCAAAGAUCGCAGCAGUCCCAAACCCGGCACCCUGCCCUUACCUGUACUCCUCCUCCGAUGCUCCCUGCUGCUCUCCUCCCUGCUCCUGGCUCUCCUGCUGCCCUCCUUCUCUCUACUCAUGGGGCUCACAGGCAGCGUCACUGGGGCAGCCAUGACCCUGGUGCUCCCCUGUGCCUUCCACCUCCAGCUGCAGUGGCACGGUCUCUCCACACGGGGGAAAGUGAUCGAUUGGUGCGUGUUGGUGUUGGGCGUGCUGUGCAGUGUCUCGGGGGUCUUCUGCUCCGUCAAGAGACUGCUGUAUGGGAUCUGA